GUUUGAGAGUGUCCGGCGGCUUUACAUUAGAGAUUAAAUUCCCAGGUUAAUUACUCGUCACCACUUCCGCCAUGCCGCCGCGUGCCCACGGCCCACAGGAUCGGCGUCGCAAUGAGCCGACUCUGUGUGAAGAAGUGAUUAUUCAGCUGAAAUCUGGAAUGAAUAAAAUUCUUAUGUUGGUGAUCUUAAUGCUUUCCACUUAUCCAGAAGAUUUCGAUGCUUUAGCUGUGAUAUCUACAAUCCUUCAAUCUGUGCGAAUGGCUGCUUUGAUGGAGAAGAUAGAAAUGUCGCCGGAAGUCUAUGACUAUGUGAAAUCAACUGCUCAAGUUUUCAAUGUGGCGUGCCUAAUGCAAAGGACCGCAUUUUACGAGGGCUCUGUUACUGCAAUUUUCCAGCCUGCCAGCAACCUGUUCUACUUCAUUUUCAUCGCUGUUUUUUUCCUUUUCGUUCUGUGAAUCAAUGGCUUAGGGUAGUCAUUGAAUUGGUGGUGAUCUUUUGAUGACCUAUUUGGGGAUAUGUAAAUGUUUAAUUUCUUUUUCAUCUCUCAACCAAUUUUGCUGUCGGGACAACUUAAUUUAG